ACUUCUUUUACCCCUUCCCCAUCGUUCCUUUCUCUCCCCCUCCCUGCUUCUACGCCGUUUCCCUCCUCUCCCCCCUUCCUCUAAGCGAUUUUCCUCCUCUUUCUCCCAUGCCUUCUUCUACGCCCGCCUUCAUGAAGUGUUUUACAGAAAAGAAUCUCCAUCCUCUUUCGUCCUUUAAUCUAUUUAUAAUUCAUCUUUUUCUUUUCUUUCUCACAAAAACCUACCUUCUCUAUUUUUCACUGACGGCAGAUGAACCUUCGAGCAAAGGGUCAAUCCUUUCAGCCACACCGACGCCCUCCAGUAAUCCAUCCUCCUAAAUUUAACUCAUCAGCUAGGUGGUAGGAUGGUCACUCAAAAGCUUGAAGGAUGAACAACAUGGCUAGUACUAACAACCAACCAAAAAAGGUGGAUCUAAAUGCUGACUUCAAGUCAACUAGCUCUGGAAUUUCUCUUGUUGAAGAAAUCAUUGUUGGUUGCUUCAUCUCGAGUCUCAACUUACGGAGCUGGAUAAGAGGAUGAAUGCAAUGUUGUGAUAUUAAUUUUUUGUAAUUAGUUAUAUUGCGAAAUUAAUGUUUUUGACAACGAUAGUGUAAUUGGGGUUGUUUGUGCUUUCAAAGUUUAUCUUUUGUAGUAUGAAAAUGACUUUGAAUGCUGCCAAAGGAAUUGAAUUUGUGCUAUUAAUCAGGGUGUAAUUAGUGUAAUGCUUUUUUAGCUUGAGAGAGUUAUUCGCAUAAAAAUAGGAUGUCUAUGAUGCUCA